UACGCAGAAACAGGCUUUUACCUUUACUAAUUACUACCUUAUCGUGUGUUGUUGGACUAGGUUUUUACGUUUUGAUGUAAGAAGUAUUUUAUUAAAUUCUGAAAUCUUUUUUUAUAAUUUAAAUAGAAAGUUACGUGUUAGAAAAUAAUACUGGAAAGAAAAAUAAAAAAGUAAUAGCGACUAGCAAGUGCAAAAAACUAAUUGUUCAUGUCGUGUUGUGCCAAUUGAGUUAAAGACAUGAGACCUUCUUUAAUACUUGUCAUUUUUCCAAUUAUUUAUACAAAUCUAAUGGUAUUUUUGUCUCACACGGACAAUCCGGGUUUGAUCCCUGGCACUGAAGAAAAUUUUAUGUUUUUUCGUUUUUGGACUUCAUUUAGUCAUUUCUGUUAUACACAGUUUUGGGGUCCAUGUUAUUAGCAAGUUACUUGAUUUGAUUCCAAACGUAAGCUUGUGCGCCACUCUUUUAGUAGUUAACACACACAUUUGUUUGUUGUUUGGAAGCAAUACAAAUUCCAAUCGCUGAGCUGAGCGAACAAAACCGCAUCAGCAAAUAGCAUGUUGUCUACAUUUGGUUUUGUUUCUUCAUCGGAUAUGUCUGAUGUGUCACGCCGGAAAAUGACUAGAACGACCAGAAUUCACAUAAUGGCCUUAGACGGCAUCGUGAACGUGAAUUCACUCUUCACCUUAGCCCUCUUCCUCGGCAUCACCACCACCAGCACCACCAACACCCUCAUCGGCGAAGACGACGCAGCCUGUGCAGCCGGAACCUCCAUGUCGGAGGGCCUCAUUGCGUUCCACGUUUACUCCUUCAGCUCCUUUCUAUUUUCCAGCCUCAUCGCCUUGGCUCUCAAAAACGUCAUCAACUUCAGCAAGGACGUCCACGAGGGUGACGCCGUUCUGGACAACAACAACAACAACUGGAUUCACAGUGUUGCAAAAAUUAACACUGUCGUUUUGAGGUUUGGAACUCUCGUUUCGGCUUUUGGGUCGGUGUUCGGAUGCGGGUUUUUGGUGAUGGCUCUUGUGGAUUUGGUGCAGAUCAAGUUGGGAACCUUCACUUGUGGUAGUCCUCACACCUUCGCUGCCGUCGCUCCCUUGCUUGUUCUUGUCCCCACUGCACUUCUUAUCUAUGUUGUUCUCGUCAUCUAUGCCUUUACUCGUUAAUUAAUUAAAGCUUUUACAUUGCUAAGUAAUAACUAAAUUAAAAAUGAUCGAUGAUUUAAUUGUGUUUAAUGAGUCGAAGUGAAUCAUGUUAUGAAUUAAGGCUGAAUCAAAUGAACAGACCGGAUUCGAAGUGCUUUAUUCAAUUUUAUUUUAUUAUUUUGGCUAGGAAAUUGUUGUAUGAUUGUAUCAUUCAAUUUUUGUUGCAUAUAUGAAAUAUGACAUUUUUUCC